ACACUCCCAAAUUACGGCAAAGGAAUGAAGCUGAGGCUCUUUGCCUUGCAGAGCGUGAGUAUUUUCCCCCAGCUAAGCGGAUAGGAAAGAUUCCUCCUGUGGGCUUGCAUCAUGGAGGCUAGCAGUCAGUCCAGCAGUCAACAGAUUCUGUGGAAAGAUGUUGAGGCUGGAAAGGAGAAGAAAGCCAAGUACCACAUGUACCAGCGAGGGGCUCUGGUCCUGGCUCUGGUCUUCCUGGUUUUGGCUCUCUGUGUUUUCAGCCUGAGAUUUCUGUGGGGUCCCAGCCUGGGAAAGGUGUACGACCAUCAGUACAAAGCCGUAGUGGAUGGCGUAGAGACAGACAGCACGAUGGAGAUUGACCCCAGCCACCGCAUUGAGAUCUUCAGAAUGGGAAAUGGGAGUGAGGAGGUUCUUGAGGUGCACGACUUCAAAAAUGGAAUCACUGGGAUCCGGUUUGCUGAACAUCAGAGGUGCUACAUCAGGACUCAAACUAAGAAACUACCCACAGUGACAGAGGUGGAGACUGAGGACACAGAGUUGCUGCAGGUGGAUGAGGCCGAGGCCGUGGACAUGAAGGUUGAGGACUCCCAAGUGUGGGUUCCUGCAGAGGAGCCCAUCGUUAACCCGGACUUCCUCCUCAACUCCAAGAUCUGGGAGAUUUGCCAGCAGCUGCCCAUCCACUGGAUUCAUCCCUCCCCCCUGAGCGACGCUGAGCUUGAAAAUGUGGACGCGCCCGACGCGGAGGUCGUGGGUCAUCGCUUCGCCCGCGACGUCCUGGACCACGUUCCUGUAAACGACUACAGGGACGUUGGAAUCGAGCUGGAUAACCGUCUGGACGACCGGGGCUUCUGCUGCCAGCACUGUCGCCGUGGUUACCGCUUCUGCCGCCGCUACCACGAGCCCCUGGGUGGCUUCAACCCCUGGCCGUACUACUACCAAGGAGGCCGGGUCAUCUGUCAGAUUGUCAUGCCGUGCAACUGGUGGAUCGCUCGCAUGCUGGGCAGGAUCUGAGGCCGGCGUGCGCCGCCUGCGAUUUAGAGCGUGUUGAUGUAGGAAGUAGAUUCUCUUUUUGAAAAAUGUCCCGGACCGCUUGUGAGACCAAGGCAGUCUGUUGCACACGGUUAUUAGGUAGUUCUUCCAUUGAGCCCAAAAAACAGCAUUUGGAGCAAUUUGAUUGAAAACGAAAUUAAAUAGUAAUCCACAGGCAUCCAUUUUUUUUUACUUAACAGGUGCUCUACGAUUUUUGUAACGUAUGAAACAGUACAGUGCAAACACUAUUGCAACAAAUAAUAUAGUCUGAAGGUUGCUGUUAUAUUAAACAUUUAACUAGAUCAUCCAAGCACCUUAUUUGGAGCAUGGGGCUCUGCAAUAAACUCCACUUUUACAAAGCAUCUACAGUUUUUCUAUAUGUCAGAACGUUUCAGCUUUAUUACUGAGGUCACAGUUGGUGGUGGCGACGUGCUGGACUGCAUUAUAUUGUAUUCCUAACGUGGUGCCCAAGUCCCGCUGUGACCUCUGUAGCAAACAUAAAGCAGAAUGCUCACCUUUCUGACCAUGCCAACAAAAACUGAAAAUGUAUUAGAGUCGUAAAAGAGGAGUUUACAGCAGAGGCGUCGUAUCGGACGGCAUUAGAUUGGGCAGGUGUUCCCCAAUAAAGUGCUUGGUGAGUGUAUAUCUCUUUGUAGUUGUUGUUUUUUAUUUUUUUAACCUUUUUUUUUUCUUUUUAUUGCUCACAUAACUACGAGAUAAAAGCCCUUCCCAUACCCCGAGCUACAGAGGCCUCGAAGGACAAAGCUGAAGAGUGACAGCUCAGAUAUUAAGGGAUGAAUACUCCAAGUCCACAUAUGCACAAAUACUAAAAACACGCAGAGAUAGAAAUAAAAAAAAGAAAAAAAACUAAACUAAAGUGUUCUGGGAUGCUAAGGGGAGUGGCAGGCUUGAUUUGGAUUAGCUUCAACAUUACAGAGAGCAUGGUGCCAGCAAAUUGUGUCGCCAUGUGAAACUCGCAUAAAAAAAAAAGAAAAACAAGUGCACUUUGUCGCAUGGGCACAGUAAACAAACUUCUGUAGGUCAUUCAGCACUUGAUGGAUGUGCGCAAAUUAGGAAUUUAAAACAUGUGAGGUAGCAGAGAUCCCGAUUUAAAAAUUAAAGGAAAAGAUUAGACGAAAAGGAACUAUUCUUCUGAUGCCAACAAUUCGAUUGUAACACGCCGGUGCAGAAACAAAAGAAUCUGCUGCGAUUAAACCUUGAGAGUUUCCUGACUGGCUCGUUUUAUUUUAACAAUUCCUUCCUGCUUUUUUGUUUUUUUUCUUUUUUUUUUCUUUUAACAUGUUAAACUAAGUGUGUAUAAUUAAAGAUUCGCAGACCUCAGCCGUCUUUUGUGAUGCACUUGUGAUGCGUUAUCCUUCAUUGUUUUUGCCGUUGUUCCAAUCUCCAAAACGCUUUAAAUAGUGCCACUGUUCAAACUGCUCCUUCUUUGCUGAGGCGAUUUUAAUCUGCAACGCUGCGUCUCGGUGUGUCGAGCUGAAAUUACUCUCAUCUGCUGCUCACAGAUAAGCGAGGGAGAUAGGCAUUUGUAAUUGAUGUUCUGUCAUCACAAUAACAAGGUGCACAAAUGCCCAAGAGUAUUCCAGGUAUGUGAGACAUUCAGAAGUUAGGCGCAGAAACGGAGCGCUCAUGUUGUGAUAGUUUGCUCAGAAGUCUUCUGUAUGUUUCCAUUACUUUUCUUGUUUGUUUGUCUUUUCCAAUUAAAAAUUUCAUUCUAUGAA